GAACCGGAAGUGUUUGUCCAAGUGUAGCUGUGUUAUCCACACGUGUGUAGCUGUCAGAGAAGCUUUUCUCCGUCAACAGCUACACACAUGACAUUGAAUUGUAAGUCUUCGUGUAUUUUGCAAUGCAGCUACAACGUGGCAUAAGUUAUAAGCACUCUUCAGUGUAACAAUGGCUGAUGCAUUCAGCAGCAGCUCGGAAACUGUAAUUCAGCGCGUGGUGGACGUAGCAGUGAAGACAAAUACCCCUCUGGAAAAACUUGAAGAGUUGUAUCAAAUUAAGGAGACAUGUGAGUUCAUCACUGAGCGUCAGUUUCAAAAGGUUGCUCUGCAGUUUUCUGAUGAGCUGCUGGUGGACUCAGUUGCAGUAGCAGUGGAGAUUGAGAGAAACUGCAAUGUCAAGCCGUUCAUUUUGGGAGAUACAUCCUAUGGCAGUUGCUGUGUGGAUGAGGUAGCUGCAGAGCAUGUUGGAGCUGACUGCAUUGUCCACUAUGGCAGCGCCUGCCUCAGCCCGUCUAAAAGGCUGCCCCUGAUGUACGUGUUUGAGAGAAGACCUGUGGAUCUUGAGAAGUGCACUUCCGCCUUUAGAGAACUUUACCCUGACACACAGAGUCACAUCAUCCUCCUCUAUGAUGUCAGCUAUGUUCACGCCAUAAAUGAUCUUCUCACACACCUUUCACCGGAGUAUCCAAACCUUGUUCUCUCAGAACUUGUUGUCGAGGGGGAGCAGUGUUACAGUCACGGCUGGAUUAAAAGACAAAAUGAUGACACCUGUCUGUCAAAGCAAGACGACAGUCAGGUUAUUUGUCAGUUUGGAAGGCAGUUCUCCUUGAAAAGUGGUUUAAGCAUAACAGAUUACAGUGUAUUCUAUGUUGGCCAAGAGGGAGCAACCCUGAGGAACUUCAUGAUGACUUGGAAUCGCUGCUCAUUUUGUUCUUUUGACCCCAUAACAAUGAUUGGAAGGACUGAGUCAGUAAGUAUCAACCGUACGCUGAUGAAGCGUUAUUACGCUAUAGAAAGGGCCAAAGAUGCCAAUGUGGUUGGCAUCCUGGUUGGCACACUUGGGGUGGCGGACUAUCUCAGCAUCAUCCAGCAGUUGAAGGAAACCAUCCGCAGAGCUGGCAAGAAGAGCUACAUGUUUGCCAUGGGAAAACUGAACGUUCCCAAACUAGCAAACUUUCUGGAAAUUGACAUUUUUGUGUUAAUUGCAUGUCCUGAGAACUCACUGCUGGACUCAAGUGAGUUCUAUAAACCUGUAGUGACGCCAUUUGAGAUGGAGGUUGCCUGCAACAAGAAGAGGGAGUGGUCCGAGGAAUAUGUCAUAGACUUUCGACAUCUCCUGCCAGGUGGACAGAGUCAUGUGCCUUUGGCUGACCAGCAGGAGGAUGGCGAUGAGACCGACGUGUCUUUAAUCACAGGAGCACUGCGCAGCCAGAAUCUGUUGAUCAGUGAGCCUGCAGAGUCCUCAUGUGGCUCUUCCGUGGUCCUCAGGAACCAGACGCUGACUGUAGCCAACACUAACACAGCUGCAUCUUUCCUAGCAACACGAAGCUGGAGAGGCUUAGAGCAGAAGUUGGGAGAGACGCCUGUGGUAAAGGCAGGAAAGGGCAGGAAGGGGAUAGCUAUUGCCUAUGAAGAGGAAGGAACGUCUUAGUGAUAAUUCACCAGUAUUUAUCAGUCUGCCUGCAGUUGCAGGUAUUAAAAGUAUGUUGCUUCUGAUUGCUGGAAAACUAGUUUUGUAUAUUACUUAAUGAAUCACAGAAAGUAAUCUAUGAUUUUGUCCAAACAUCACAACUUGUCACACAACUUAUUAUAUUAUGUUCAUGCGAAAAAGGUUUAUUUUAAGUGAAAACAUGUUUCAAAAUAAAUUAAGAGUAUGUAGGCCCUGAAAAAUCAGAUUUAAUUUAUGAUACAAUGGUUUU